AUGAAACCCUAUGUUGCCAAACUGCAACAAAGCAACAUGACAGCCUACCGGUUGUAUCUUUCCCUUUUUGAAGAGCUGACGGGUCUUGCACCGAAAUUGCGCAGAGUUGAUGAAUUUGCGUCAGAGUUCCUCUUUUCCAAGCCGCUGCAGCGGUACAACGGUCUGGGUCCAGUGGCCUGUGCUGCCCUUGCAGGCGAUGAACCGUUGGUUCGUAGUGUUGCGGCUGCAAAGGCUUCCAUCAACACACGUGCGCCAGCCAUGCCAGGGACACAGAAUGUUGCUGACUACACACCGCUGGAUCUGGUGUUGUGGUUCAAGAGCCGCGAUCUCCGCGUGUUGCAAACCCUGUUGGAGCUCCGAGCAGAUCCCAACAGCUCCACCGUCAAUGCCUUCCCGCCUCUGGGUAAGUGCAGAACCGCGCAGGCCGUGGAUCUCCUGGUGCGCAACGGCGCCGGCGUGAACUUCCAAGGGAGGGAGCGCUCCCAGUAUUGCCCCCUCCACUUCGCUGUAGCUUUCAGCUCUCCUGUGGAAGUGACGGCGAAGUUGCUCGAGCUUCGAGCGGACGUGCGCGGUGGAAGAGGGGGGAUGGCCAGCGCGUCGCCCCUGCACCUUGUUGCAUACAGCGGUGAUUCCAAGAACGAUCUCCGGAACGCUCAGCUGUUGCUUGAUCACAAAGCAGAUCUCAACCAAGUCGUGCAGCCUGAAGGCCUAUGGAGGAUGCUGGGGUUGAUGUGCCGGGCAUAUGUCCGGUGCAGAAGUGACGCGAGUUCCAUUGUCAAGUUCUUCAGCCACGCCAGUACGACACCGACACCUUUAGGUUGGUUGGUCUGCGCUUCUGGACAACCAAGGCCUCCUGGCAUUUCUGCUGCGGGCGCGAGCAAGCCCGGAGAUUGCAGGCAACACAGGUGUGCGACCCAUGAAUAUGGUCACCUCGGAGACGAUCCGGUCCAUCUUGCAGGACCCGAGUCCACACAUCUACCUCUUGGAAUUCAACUCCGACGAGGUCACAGAGAGUUUGUAACGGUGCCCGUGUCUAACUGA